AUGGCGUCGGGGAGCGCUGCGGCCGGGAACGGCAGCGCGGCGGUGUACGCGGAUGAACUGGCAGCGGCGGAGAGCGCCGUUCGACUCGCGUGCGCGCUGUGCGAGACGGUGCAGCGCGGGCUAAAGGCGGAGGAGUCAGCCAGCAAGUCCGACGAGUCGCCCGUUACCAUCGCUGACUAUGGUUCGCAGGUGCUGGUGGCGUGGGCGCUGCAGCAGCACGGGCUGCCAGGCGCCUUCUCCAUGGUGGCGGAAGAGGACUCCACGCAGCUGACAGCACCAGAGGGGCGGGGCAUGCUGCAGCGCAUCACAGCACUCGUCAACGCCACCAUCGCCAGCAGCAGCAACAAAGCAUGGGGCGGAGGGGCGGCGGCGGUGCUGAGCGAGGCGCAGGUGGUGGCGCUGAUCGACGCAGGGGGCGCGGAGGGAGGGAGCAGCGGGCGGCACUGGGUGCUGGACCCCAUUGAUGGCACGCGCGGGCGCUGGGCGUGGUGGCGCCCCCCGUGCGCAUUGACUCGCAAGCCAACGGCUGGAGGGAAAGUUUGUGACGCAGCAGGGCAACCUCUUGACUUCUCUCGUGGUAGGUUCCUGGAUUUAGAUACAGGUAUCAUUGCAACCAAUGCCACUCUGAUGCCUGUGCUGCUUUCCACAGUUCAAUCUGCGCUUAACAGAUGA